UCGUGUCAAAGUCGCCUCACCAUCAUGCAACACUUACCGAACCGUUCUGAGAAUCGACUUAGCAACUCAGUGGCAUGCGAGCUGGAUAACUUCGGGAAAGGGGCUUGGGUGAAUCAGGCCUAUAAUGGCUCUCCUCCACCUGUCAAACGGGACAUCAACACCGUCUACAACCCUCAGCCCAUGUUUCACAGCCCUUUGGACAACAUGAAUAUGUCUAAUCCCUAUCUGGCUGGGGAUAAGAUACAACCACAACCCAAAAAGGAGAGAUCUGGAUGCUGCUCAUCCUUCUUCAAAGGACUAUUUGGAACAGCAGCUUUAACGAAAGACUUAAAGAAAAAUCCUGAGCUUGUGGUCAGAGCAAAUCUCAAAGAACUUGUCAUCUACAUUUUUUUCCUGGUGGAUUUAUGUCUGUUGACUUAUGGGAUGACCAGCAGCUCUGCCUACUAUUACACAAACGCUAUGACCAAUCUCUUUGUGAAUAACCCUGGCUUUUACUCUCUUGGCAGCAUGAAUGAUGUGUGGACGUACAUGGAAGGGAGCCUACUUGACAGCCUAUACUGGAAUAAGUAUUACAAUGAUAUGGAUCUUAUUAACGAAAACCAAUCCUUGAUUUACUAUGAGAACAUGUUGCUAGGCGUCCCUCGCAUCCGACAGAUCAAAGUGAAGAAAAACUCCUGCAAGGUGCACGAAGACUUUCGGAAUGAAAUCUCAGACUGUUUUGAUAUGUACAAUGAAAAGAAAGAGGAUGACAGCGCGUUUGGUUUGAUCAACGGUACAGCAUGGCAGUACCACACAGAAAAGGAGAUGAAAGGAUCGAGUCACUGGGGAUUGCUGAGCACAUACAGUGGAGCAGGAUAUUAUCAAGACCUGACAAAGUCCAAAAUUGAGAGUGCUGAUAUCCUAGAAGAACUCAAAAGCAAUCUGUGGCUUGAUCGGGGAACUCGGGUUCUUUUCAUCGACUUCUCGACCUACAAUGCCAAUAUCAAUCUCUUCAGCGUUGUAAGAUUAGUGGUUGAAUUUCCAGCUACUGGUGGAGCAAUCACAUCAUAUCAGAUUCGCACUGUAAAGCUGAUUCGAUAUGUUACCAACUGGGAUUAUUUCGUCAUGGGCUGUGAGAUUGUGUUCUGUGUGUUCAUUCUCUAUUACAUUAUGGAGGAAAUUCUGGAAUUCCGAAUCCAUAAAAUGUCCCACUUUAAAAACAUCUGGAACAUUGUAGAUAUACUGGUGAUACUGCUUUCUCUAGUUGCCAUAGCUUUCAGUGUAUUCCGGACCAUAAAGGUGGAUAAGCUACUUACAAGUAUUCUGGAGCAACCAAACAUCUAUGCUGAUUUUGAAUUCCUUGCAUUUUGGCAAACCCAAUACAACAACAUGAAUGCAGUGAACUUGUUUUUUGCGUGGGUUAAGAUAUUCAAGUACAUCAGCUUCAAUAAGACGAUGAGCCAGCUGACAUCCACCCUGGCACGGUGUGCUUUAGACAUCUUUGGAUUUGCCAUCAUGUUCUUUAUUGUGUUUUUUGCAUAUGCUCAACUGGGAUACCUGCUCUUUGGAAUGGAAGUCGAAACAUUCAGUACAUUUAACAAGUGCAUCUUUACCCAAUUUCGUAUCAUCUUGGGAGAUUUUGAUUAUAAUUCCAUCGACAGAGCAAACCGAGUACUGGGACCAAUAUACUUUUUCUCCUAUGUGUUCUUUGUCUUCUUUGUGUUACUGAACAUGUUUCUGGCCAUCAUUAAUGACACAUACUCGGAGGUGAAGUCAGAGCUCGCUUCUCAAAAAGGUGAAUUCCAGAUCUCCGACCUCAUCAAACAGAGUUAUGAAAAGACAGUCACGAAACUGAAACUUAAAAAGGAAAAGAUCUCUGAUGUGCAGAAAGCGUUGGAUUCCGGUUCUAGUGAGCUGACUUUUAAAGAUUUCAGAGAUGCAUUAAAAGAAAAAGGUCAUAGUGAUCAGGAAAUCUCAGAUGCUUUCUCCAAAUUUGACCAGGAUGGGAACCAGACUUUGGACAAGUUGGAACAGGAGAGAAUGAAACAAGAGCUGGAGGAGAAAAGGGACGCACUUAACGAGGAGCUUCGCAAUCUUUCAGAGGAUCAGGGAGAGACAUGUCCUAAAGAGUUUCAAAAGCUGGCUAACAAAGUUACUCAACUGGAGAAUUCUGUGGCCACUAUAAUGUCUAAAGUCAAUGGUAUCAUGGAGAAAAUGGAAAACAGUGGCAUGAUCAGAGAUGCUGAAUCAAGACCAGCUUCAGGAGGGAAUAUUCAGUUAAGCCUGGCAAGAACUCCAGAACCAGGACCACCCGCCUGGUCACCAGCUGUUCCAAAUGGCAUCCUGAGGAACCGUUUAUAUCCAGAUGCACGUCACUGAUUCAUCACAACCUCAUGGGUUUGAAUAAAAGGCUUAAUCGAAGUCUGAGGAUGUAAAGACUCUGAAUGUGACAGUGGGAGAAGGUAUUAUUUUAGAAUAGAUAUCAUGUAGUACCCCAUGUGGACACAGAAAUGUACUUGUAUCUGUUCUGUAUCUGAUUGUUCAUGCACUUGUUACUCAAAGCUUUAAAAGGGAAUAAAUUGAUGACUACUAUUCUCUCCUUCCUCUCUGUUAAGACUGCUUUCACGAUGACUAGUAGUUCUUGUUAAAAAGCUGCUUCUGUACUGAUACAGCAUGAGCAGAAAUAAAAAGUGUAAGUCAGUUUGAUGUAAUUUAUAUGUUGAUAUUUAAUCAUACGACAAACGCAGAGUUCAAAUGUAUAAUGUAAUUAAUUAAGAAUGAAAAUGACUUGAUAUAUUUUUAGAGACAUAAUUUCUUCCUGGAUAUGCUUACUAUGAAUGUGUAAACACACCUGUGUAUAUCCAAACUGGAAUAGUUUAUGCUUUUAUUAAUCUUAGAACAUGAGUAGUUCAUCAUGUAUUUCCGAAAAUUUAAAUAUUUAUCUAUUCUGAUGUUUAUUAAUAAAUAUAGCCAAAUAAACACUUAAAAUUGCAAAAAAAGUUUCUUUAUUUACUUCAUGCUCAUCAUUUGAUGUCUAAAGGGGCCAUGUCACAAUAAUUUUUUAAGAUGUCAAAUAAAUCUUUGGUGUCCCCAGAGCACAUAUAUGAAGUUUUAGCUUAAAAUACCAUCUAGAUAAUUUAUUAUACCAUGUUAAAAUUGCCACUUU